AUGGCACUUCUUACCUUACCGCCAGAACUUUACUUCAUAAUUGCUACUUUCCUCGAGCCAAACGAACUUGCCACUUUGCUUCGUACUAGCAAGCAAAUCUACCCCAUCAUUGAAGACAUCUUAUAUUACCGCGAUGCGAAAAGCGACAGCCAGGCUGCCCUACUCUGGGCUAUAAAGAAAGGAAGGUUAAAUACGGUCAGGAAAGCCAUCGGCGCUCACAAAUUGCAAUGUAUUGCCCACGACAUAGAGUGCGAAUGCACAGUCCGAUCGACAUUAAACGAAGCCCUUUACCUAGCAUCAUCUGGAGGGCAUAUACAUAUCGUUCAGUUUCUUCUCGACGAAGGCGCCGAUGCUGGUGCACAAAGAGGAGGGCGCGCAUCAGCCCUACAUCUAGCAUCAUUACAUCGCCAUGAGAAGAUUAUCCAGAUCCUACGCGCUGCUACUAGUUGA